AUGAUGAAAGCACAUUUGGAAGUGAAAAAUCAACUAAUUUAUAGUUUAGAAAAUAUUAUCGAUGAGCAAGAAGGACGAAUUCGAACUAUGGAUGAUUAUAUUAAUGGUCGAAUUAAAUCAUUUAGUACACAACAAAAUAAAAUUCUCAAAGGUAUCUCUCUGCUAUCACUUGAAUUUGGUACUUUAAGUGAAGAAAAUUUGGCACUUAAAGAAGCGCUCAUCAAUGCACAACGCUCAAUACGUCUAUUACAAUUAAAAAUAGACAAUCCUUUAUUAACUCAGAUACCGGAAAAAAUUGAUAAAAUAUGUCAAACAGAUGAAAGAAAACAACAGCAAUCUUUGAAUUUUCAUCUUCAAUUGCAUACUGCAAAAGAUCACAAAGAAAUUGACGCUGAAAUUUUGUGUGAAACAAAUAAUAAUAACCAUCGAUUAUUCUAUGAUCAACAAAUAAUAGCAACGUUACAAGAAAGUGUGAAACAAUUGAUGAAAGCAAAGAUUGAAUUAAGAAAAUUAGCAAGUGAUAUUCAACUAACAAUACGUGAAGAGUUACGUGUAAUACGAAAAGAAACGGAAACACGAAUUGAUUGUAUCAUUAAUUCAUUAAUGAAACGAUAUCAAAAGGAAAUUAAUGCUCGAAAACGAUUGCAUAAUAAAUUAGUGGAAAUGAACGGUAAUAUUCGUGUUUUUUGCCGUAUACGACCAGCAUUAGAGAGUAAUUAUUCCAAAUUAUCAUUGUUCAUUGAUCCAUUUGAUAAUGGCUCAAUUAUCAUUGAUAAUAUCAAUGGUGAUCGAAGGAAAUUUAAUUGUGAUCGAGCUUUUAAUGAAAAGCAUACACAAUCUGAUAUCUUUGAAGAAAUUUGUCCAGUUAUAACAAGUUGUAUGGAUGGUUAUAAUGUGUGUAUAUUUGCAUACGGACAUACAGGAAGUGGUAAAACAUAUACUAUGGAGGGCUUACCAAAUGAUCCGGGAAUAUAUCAACGAUCAUUAAUUCAUUUAUUUCGAAUAGCGAAUGAGCGAUUAAAUGAUAUUGAUUAUACAAUUUCAGUAUCAAUGUUAGAAAUAUACAAUGAAAAAAUCAGAGAUUUAUUAUCAAAUAGUAAAAAUAAUCUGCCAAUACGAAUUGGUAACGAUGGUAUGUUAGAUAUUCCGGGCUUACUUGUACUUAAUGUAAGUACGUUACAAGAAGUACAGGAAGUAUUGAAGAAAGGACAAAUGAAUCGGGCAAGUGCGACUACUGACCUAAAUGACCGUUCGAGCCGUUCACAUGCCAUUGUUUGUGUUCGAGUUCGAUCAGUUAAUCGUACAACAAAUGAUAUUUCAGAAAGUCGAUUAAAUUUAGUUGACUUGGCAGGUUCAGAACGUGUUAGCCAAUCCGGUGCAACAGGUCAACAGCUUAAAGAGGCACAAUGCAUAAAUAGGUCAUUGUCAGAGUUAGGUAACGUUGUUAGUGCCUUACGACAACGACAGCAACAUAUUCCAUUCCGGAAUUGUCAACUGACACGUCUACUUGAAAAUUGUUUGAAUGGAGACAGUAAGACGUUAGUGGUUGUGCAAUUAGCGCCAGAUACAACUGCAAUUCAAGAAAUUCUUAGCAGCCUGAAUUUUGCUGAUAAAUUAAGUAAAGUACAAAGGAGAAAUCAAAGUUCGAAAACAUCACAAAUUAGCAUUGGAUUGUUAUCAACACCAUCCAAACAUGAAAGGUCACGUCUGGAUCCUGGCUUUUUACGUUCUAUGAGCGUACGUGUGAAGAAAUGA